UUUCAUAGUUUGACACGUAAAAACUAAAAAAAAAACAAAAAGGUAAUAUAAACUUAAUUUGAAACAGCGAUUGCAAGAAAGAAAAAAAAAAAAGCCCAAGAUAAAGUUUCAAAUGCAAAUGGUAACAAGAAAUAAUAAUGCAAAGAGGAGGGAUUCGCGGCUGAAACAUGGAUCAUCAAAGCCCAACGUACAUGAGAGGAAGCGUAAAGAGAAACAUUCCAAGGAAGAAAGCACGUUGUGCCCAAUACGGAACCACCAUAGUGCUUGAUUUGGUCCGUCCAAUAGGACCGGACAUUAAAACCACAGCCGCAACAAGGAACUGCAAAACGCAAAACAUUGCCCAAACACGGAGCCAGAGUUUGCCGUUACCGCCCAAUAACUCCACAGUAAGCUUACCCGGUAAACCGCAAGCAAUACCGUAGUAAAGAACCAUCAUUGGCUGCUCUCUACUUGCGAAAUGAUCAGUUAUCAAGAACCACACGGCGAAGAUCAUAUAGAGCGCGGCCAACAUCUGCGCCCAAAACAGAUGCCGGCAACACCACAUGAUGAUAAAGUCUGGGUUCUCUACCGGCGAAAGGUGUUUUAGCAACCAGGAUUCAUCACCUAUUCCCUCGUAACGCCUGCAGAAUUUUAAGGUAGAUUCCAUCCUACUCCUCUCUUGCGAGAAGACGUAAGCCAGAAUGUUGAAGGCACUUAUGACGAACCAAACCUUGAUUUCUUUGACCAUACGGGCGUUUCCUCUAUCUUCUGAUUCGCUUUUGAAUCUCCCACCCAUCUCUAGCUUGGAUUUCUCGUGAUUCUCUGAAGAUUCUUUGACAGCAGAUGCAUUAAUCUGAUUGGCAAAAGCCGGGUCAGAGGUAGAAGAUGAAGUUGAGGCUUCGUACUUCUUCACUAUCUUCUUCUUCUUUGCGCCGUCCAUAGCUUCUACAUUUACGCCUUUCAUCAGUUCUUUAACUCUAUGAAUAACUAUUUAUAGGUUUUGGAGUCUAUCCCCCUCUAGGUCAUUCUACAAACAACAAAUAUCAGCAAAAAAUCAUCGUAACCUGAUUCGGAUAUGAACAGAAGAUCCUCGAAAUAAACAAAAUCUAAUUAAAAAAAACAGAAGAUCCUCGAGUCUGUUUCGCCUAAAGAAGAAAACGUAAACUCCAAGUUUGUGAUCGGGUAUAAAUUAACCGAAUUGGGUAUUGUUUGUAAUCGCAAUUAGACCGAAUAUGACCGGAAUAACCGGUUUGGUUUUAGUUUGGCUCGACAUUAUAGUAGCACGUCGGGUCUCUCUCUCUCUCUGCCUCACUUCGUCGUCGCCAAGAGCGCCUCUGUCUCGCCGUCCUUCGCCGUAUAAGCUCGUCUCUAGCCAUGGCUAUGGUUCUUCCGUUCGGGAAACUGACCAUCCUCAUCGGUGCAGGACUUGUUGGGUCAGUGUUUGCUAAAGAAGGGAGCUUACCAGAUGUCUCGAGCUUGGUCUCGGGUGCUUUUAAGAUGGUAUUUAGGCAACUGAAACAAGAAGAACCUGCUCAAUCAGCCAGCAAGCCUCGCAAUGAUAUACUUGUAGCCCAGGUUAACAGUCUUAGGAAUGAAUUGCAGCUUCUCGCGUCAAACAGACCUAUGACUAUUGUUACGACGGCAGGGCCAGGUAGAAAGUAUGGUCUCAUCAUUAUCGUUGGGGUGAUAGGCUACGGAUAUGUGCGGUGGAAGGGAUGGAAACUUCCAGAUUUUAUGUUUGCUACAAGGCGCAGUUUAUCAGAUGCAUGUAAUAAUGUUGGCAGCCAGAUUGAUGGCUUUUACUCAUCGCUUUCGGCAAGUUCCCACUGUUCUUUUACUAUUUUUCGUGUUCUGAUUACUGAACUCUAUUCUUUAUCAGUUGUGAUGGGUACAAAACGGGAGUUAAGUUCAAAAAUUGACGGGAUGGAUCUUAUAGUGGAUGAAAAUUCAGUAAUUAUUAAAGAAACAGGACGACAGGUAGAUGAACUACGGGAUGGUACAGCAAAUAUUAAGGGUGACGUCAGGUCUGUUUUUGAUGCCGUUGAAACUCUGGCAGACAAAGUCUUUCGCAUUGAGAAAAAUCAGGCUUUGCCAUCAACAUCAACGAUGCUAGCCAUUGAGGCAGCUCCUGCGACACCAGCUUCCAGGGAUACUCUGUGUUCGCCCCCUGCUUCUCCCCGUGAGUCCCAGUCGCCGUCGUCAAUCCCUAAUGGAGCUCAAAAGUCACAUGGUCCACUCCAGCACACCCAGUCCAUGUCUGGUUUGAAGGACAUAAGUGAAAGCUCUAGCAGUCGCGAGACUUUUUCAAAUGGAGUGGAUACAGUAGGGAAAGCCACGGGAAAUGGUGCAUCAGGCGGGUCGAGUGCGGGUCUGCUUGGUGGGUUCUCAUUGACAAGAAUUGUGAGGACUCUUAGUGCGGUCAACACAGUGCCUACUAACUGAAGACAAGAGUUUGUUCAUUCAUAUAUUAGGGUUAGCAAAGAGUAAGUGGCCAAUUGUAUCUAGUAGAUGAUUUUGAUAGAUUUUGCUGUUUUUGCAUGUGCAUCGAGACAAUGUGUGCAUAACGUUUGUUAGGAUACAUCUUAUAUUUAUCUAGGUUAUAUUUUACAGUUUAUCAUUUCGUUGCUUUUCUUGUUUUCGUCGUAAUUCAGCAGGGUCGGUUAUAAGCG